AUGUUCAAGUGGUUUAAUCAAUUUCAUUUAAAAGAAAGCACACCUACACAAUCGGUUAAUUUACUUGGCAGGAAACAUCUUCAGGUUCCGCAAAAAGCUGAAAAGGUGCCAAAAAUGACUGAGGCUCUCCACUCAGUACUUCGCAUUAUCUGUGCACUGAAUAAUCAUAGUAUCCUUAAAAAAUUGAAGAUUUCACGCAAAUCACUGACUAAGUAG